UGUUUCAGCACGUGUAGAGUGUGUUGGGUACUCUUUGAACAGGUUGUACGUAAACGAAACACGAGCGAGGGACAGGAGAAGCACAGGGGGGCCUGACUGAGCGCAAACUGGAUAACAGGCAUAGCCACAGCGUUUUUACACAUCUGUGGUCAUAGAGGUAGACGUGAGCUUCAUCGCAGGAUAUUCUGUGGACAUCUAACUCUUUUAUUUCAUGUAGCGUUUGACGUGCCUUCUGAAGCUUCACUGUUUUUGUUUAUUACACCGUCUUCGUAAAAAUCUCAUUCUUCCCCCAGCCGCAAGAUGAAUGUGCUCGGCAGUUCUUCCAAAUGGCCAUCAUAUGACUCGCUCCCCUCCACCCCGAGCUUUCUCCACAGUGAGAGCGAGCACACUGAGGAUGAGGCUGACGUCCUCUCAGAGGGAGAGGGGGACAGUGUGAGAGCAAGAAAGACACUCUCAGGUGUUGAAGAAGUCACGCUUUGUGGAGCUUACCUUGGUUUCCCUGCUCAUCCAGAACACUUGAUGUCCAGGAGCAAUCAAUCUGAACUCUGCAGUGACAAAACCAUACACCCCAGCACUGUGUCGUCUCUUGGAGUUGCCUCAUUAGGCGUGUCUUCAGCGACACCAGGCGACCUGGCCUUUGCGCAGAAAUGUGCAGAUCUGCGUAGGUUUAUAUGUCCUUUGCUAGAUCUUCUACAUGGACUAAAGGCUGGUCGAUUUGACAAAGGUUUAUCCAGUUUCCAGCAGAGCGUUGCCAUGGACAGAUUGCAAAAGAUUCUUGGAAUACUGCAGAGGCCUGAGAUGGGCGAGAAGCACCUCCAAAACCUGCUGCAGAUAGAGAUGAUGCUCAAAAUCUGGUUCCCUCAGGUGGCAUUUCAGUCUACACACACGCAAACAACCACUCCAAGGCUCUCACCACGCUGGCGCAAAAAUCAGCUCAACAUCCCUGUUAAGAAGAGAAAACUGAGCUCACCAGACCCUGAUUACUCUGACACCAUCCUGACUCAGCAUAAGCACAAAAGACAUGGAAUACAAGGGAGCUGCCUAGCUGUGAAUCCACUCCACACCAUUUCUACAUAUUUACCUGGAUCAAAUCAGAAGACUCCAGCAGCAGCAGAAGAAACAUAUGAACCAGCUGUGAGUGGACGUACAGCUUGUCACACAUUCACAGACUUUGGCAUCUUCAAAAGGAGGUUGUACUUAAGAAGCAAGAGAGAAACUGAGAAUCUGGAAAGGCCGGAGAUUUACCUUCACUCCCCUUGUGGCAGCCCAGCUGCACAGGACAGUUCAGUGUCCUCAAGCAACAGCGUUUCUUCAUCUGUCUCAUCUUAGCUGGCUCUAGCUGACCACGCUAACACACGGGAGUGCUACAGCAUGCCAGCAAAGUUACUGCAGAGGGCACGCGCGGUUGCAUAAGCCUAAAGCUCUGAACAGAGUCAGCCUGUGUUGGCUGCAGAGCAUGAGGAAGCAGAAGAGGAGGAGGAGAAAACACUGAGACACUCGUUCACCGUGUAACUACCAUGUGUUUUGUUUUCAUCACACAGGAAUUUUUGCACUAAAAUAGAAAUGAUAUAUUGUUUUCUGUAAGGGUUUCCCUGUUGUUCACUUUGACUUUUACUACAUUUGAAAAUAUUGAAAAUACUUUACAUGUAAUGCAUUACAGCCACUGUGCUCUGUUUUCUUUUUUAACAAAAAACCCCAAAAGUAACUGUAGGAUCUUUACAGUGAUGAAAACAAUAUUAACAAAUAAAAGUUUAUUUAAAUUAGGAAAAAUAGAGUAUUUCUUCUGGACAUUGAGAACAUGAUUUGCAGUUUAAUUUAUUAUUAAUAUAGCUCUAAUUUGGAAAGUUACAAAAAACGGUUCAAUCAGGAACAUAGAUGAUUAAAAAUAGGAUGUAGUAUCAUCAAGUGAUCUAGCAUAUGAUGUAGAAACAGACACAUUGUGCCAAACAAAAGCAUUUUAUAUAAAAUUCUCACAAGCACCUUGUUGCACACUCACUACUUCUUUUGUUAUUGCUUUGCACACAUGUUUUUUUCUAUGAUAAUAAUAGGUGUAGUUAAAUUUGUUGUGAAAAAGCACAAGUGAUGGGCAUACAUACCUGUUGAUCAAAAAUGACCUACUCUAUUAUUAUGGCUGUUCAGGAAAUAAAGGAUGCUUGGCUUUAUGUCAAUAUGUCAACUAUUGAUAGUGAGUGAGCAAACAUGUUUUUGGCAGCAGGUUUGAACGUGCAAUGAUUUACUUCAUCACAGAUUUAUUAAUGUGUAUAUAUAUAGAUAUAUCAUAGGCAUGAUAUAUUUGAUCCUGUGUACCAUGGAAAAGAUUGAGUUGCACUUUGAAUGACAUGAUGAGGAAAUGUUACACAUUUUCAACAUGAAAGUUUUAUUUAUUAGAGAUUGUUUUGAGGGAUUCUAUCAGCAGACGGGAGCAAAAACGAUAUCUUAUAAUAACCUGAAUUGGAGGCAGACUUGUUCUGUACUUUAUUUUGGUGUCUUGGACUUUGGAGGCAUCAAAUGUAUACUUGGCUUGCUGCCAGGUCUACUGUUUUCACAAAGAGCCCAUAAUACAAAGGGUCAUUACAAAGGUAGGAACGGCCCCUGUGUCUCAUUUUCAUCACUAUCAUGGUGUGUCACUCAAAGUGUUUCAUUAUUUAUAAUGUGAAAAGCAAUAUCAUGGAGGUUAAGUAAAAAAGCUCUUUUCUUUCCUGAACACAUUGAUUCCUUUUAAUAUAUUGAAUCAGAUAUCAUUCAUGUUGAAUGCUGUUUCAUCUCUGGUUUGUCACCAGUCAGCCUUACUUCAAACAAAGGUAACCUUAGUAUGCCUGAAAUUACAUCAUCAAUACAAAAAAUGUAUUAUUUUUAUUUUGUUUGGUGAAAUUAUCAUCUCAACAUAUGUCAUUUCAAACCAAAUAUCGGAACAAUAUUGUAGUUUAGUGUUGUUGUUGCAUUAAUAUGCAUCACCCUUUAGUACAGGUCUUGCUGUGCUGGGUUACCCAAACAUUGAAAGUAGAGAAACCUUUUUGUACAUCUGCAAUUUUCCUUGUUAUAAAGUUUCUUCUGUCAAACGUUA